UGGGGAUUAUUUCAUGGGCAAAAAUUCAUGGACUUUCCUCUCAAGGGGAUUUGUCCUGGAUGAAAACUAGGGACUGGACCCCCAGGCUUGUUGGUGUCUCCCUGUCUGUGCUGUAGAAGCUCUCAGGAUGGACUCGUACCUGAUCCAAGUGAAUGGCCGUGGAGAUCAUGCCCCUCUGCUAGAUGUUCAUCUCAAGAGCACUGGGAACACCAUAUCACCAGGGAAGGUGAAGGGUCGGAAGCCAAGAUGGGCUGUCAGGGCUUCUGAAAUGUCAAAGAAGACUUUCAAUCCCAUCCGAGCCAUUGUAGACAGCAUGAAGGUGGAACCCAACCCAAAGAAAGCCAUGAUCUCCUUGUCCUUAGGAGACCCAACGGUCUUUGGAAACCUUCCUACAAAUGAUGAGGUCACGCAGGCUGUGAAGGAUGUUUUGGACUCGGGACAGUACAAUGGUUAUGCUCCAUCUGUUGGCUACCAGUCCUGCCGGGAAGCUGUGGCUGCAUACUACAACUGCCCGGAGGCACCACUGAAGGCCCAGGAUGUCAUCUUGACGAGUGGCUGCAGCCAGGCCAUAGAGCUUGCCUUGGCAGUGCUGGCCAACCCAGGCCAGAACAUCCUGGUGCCACGGCCUGGCUUCUCCCUCUACAAGACUCUGGCAUUGUCUUUGGGGAUAGAGGUCAAACUCUAUAAUCUCUUGCCAGAGAAGGCCUGGGAAAUUGAUUUGGAGCACUUGGAGUCUUUGGUGGAUGAGAAAACAGCUUGCCUCAUUGUGAACAACCCAUCGAACCCCUGUGGCUCUGUGUUCAGCAAGAGCCACCUCCAGGAGAUCCUGGCAGUGGCAUCAAGACAGUGCGUGCCCAUCCUGGCUGAUGAGAUCUACGGAGACAUGGUAUUUGCUGACUGCAAGUAUGAGCCCAUUGCAACUCUCAGCACCAAUGUGCCAGUCUUGUCCUGCGGUGGCUUGGCAAAGCGAUGGCUAGUCCCUGGCUGGCGGAUGGGCUGGAUCCUAAUUCAUGACAGGAGAGACAUCUUUGGUAAUGAGAUCAGGGACGGCCUUCAAAGACUGAGUCAGAGGAUCCUAGGACCCUGUACAAUUGUCCAAGGAGCAUUGGAGCGUAUCUUGCACAGAACACCACCUGAGUUCUACCACAACACCCUAAGCAUCCUCAAGUCUAAUGCUGACCUUUGUUAUGCUGCCUUAUCAGCUAUCCCUGGCCUUCAGCCUGUCAGGCCUGCUGGAGCCAUGUACCUGAUGGUUGAGAUAGAGAUGGAGCAUUUUCCGGAGUUUGAAAAUGAUGUGGAGUUCACUGAGCGACUCAUCUCGGAGCAGUCUGUGUUCUGCUUGCCAGCCACGUGCUUUGAGUACCCAAACUUCUUCCGUGUAGUGACCACCGUGCCUGAGGAGAUGAUCUUGGAGGCCUGCAGUCGCAUUCAGGAGUUCUGUGAGAUGCACUACCAGGGUGCUGAGGGGGCCCAGGAUCUGGAGUGUGACAAGUAGCUACAGCUGGCCCCCUGCCUCUGUCAGGCUAGACCUUGUAUGAGGCAGCAGCUGGGCAGGCAAGGCUGCUUCCAGCCAGCCCCACCUCUCCCUGCCUGUAAGCAGCCACUGUCCUGCUGCUUCACUUUUUGUGCUCCACAGACUCCUCAGCAUUAUACAAAGAGGAAGACACUUCUCUCUCCUCCUCCACUAGAGCUUGCACAUCCUCUUGCUUGCAGUCCCCCAUGUCUCUGUAGACUCAGCAUCUGUGCCCUGUGUUGGUCUGUGCUACUGUGAACCAGCUGCAAGCAGGGGCAGAAGGUUGUUCUUGGGUUGGGCCCUGUGGCAAGGGCCCAUUGGCCUGUGGCUCCGUUUGGGCCACGCUUCUCCUUGGGGACAGGAGAAGGCUGCUGUCUUGGAGGAUAAAAGUACCCACCUCUCACUUCUGUCUGUUACCUUAGGAGGCCAGAGCUCUUUAUACCAAGCCCUUUGCGUGAUAAAGGGAGUAAGUUAUUGUAACUUUUUUAUUAAUAAAAAUUCUGACAUGGCAGUCCUGCACUGUCCUACUGUUGUGCUAGGUUAGGCUUGGUCACUGCGUGGGUCACCUUUGCUCACCUCAUGGUAUUGCAGUGCACCAGGCAUGUCCCUGCGUGCCAGCGGGCAUAUGGUGAGAGCGAUUCAGGCCCCCAAAGAAACCCACCAACCCUGAGAGCAGCAUGGGCCCUGAAAGCUUGACACAGACUGGAGCCAGGCCCUCCUGCCCUGCUGAUGUUGGCAGCUUGCUGUGGCAGCCUGUCCGCUCUCCACAGAACAGUCAUGUCUGCACCUUCUCCUUGGCCCUCAAAGCCUACCCCACUGUGGACCCCAGCAGAGCAGUGGGUGCUGUGUUUGCUGCUGCAGGCAGGCAACUGUCUCCAGGACUGGAGCCAACUAUGCCUAAAUACUCAAGGCUUGGCAUGCCUUUCCUGCUGUAGUGGUGAAUCAUGGGGUGGCACCCAUGGCUCAUACUGUGUGUGGUGUUUGUGACAUGCCAGUGGUACCAGGGUUACUGAUUGCUGAAUACGUCAGCUCCAUAAAGUAAUAAGGAACUGGUG